AUGAACGUAGUAAUGGCUGUGAAAUGGGAUUGUGCUCAUUCGAAUUCUGUGCUGAGUUUGGCUGUCAGCAAAGAAAAAGUGGUUUCAUCUGGGGCAGAGGAUGGGGAACUUGUUCUUUGGAAUGAGGGAGGACUUCCGUUGGGAAAGUUACAUCUUACUGGAGGUGGCGAUGUGACCUGCAUGGCUUUUUCUCCAGUUUGCUCAACUAGACUUUAUGUCUCUCAUGGGGACUCGCUUAGUGUUAUGGAUACUAGAGCAUUUAAAGAACCAGUUGAGAAUUUCAGAGUCAACAAAGAAGAAAUCAACUGCAUUUCCGUAAAUGAAUCUGACACCUUAUUGGCAGCAGCUGAUGAUUCUGGAGCAGUUAAAGUGCUGGAUCUGCAAUCUAAGAAAGUCAGUAGGACACUGUCUAGACAUACAAAUAUUUGCUCCUCCGUUUCAUUUCGUCCCCAUCGGCCACAGAACCUUUUGUCUUGUGGACUUGACAUGCAGGUCAGUCAACAAUACUGUAUUUGUGGGGUUUUGUUAUAUCUAGUGCUGUAAAAUAUGUUGGCAACUUGUAAAUAAUUUUCAAAUGUCAAUAAUCUUCUUGCAUCAAUGUAUUUAUGGUAAGCAACGUGCAUGUUACAUGUUCUUCUAUUAGUGUUAGGAUGAUAAUGGGAUUCAAGGAAUUAGUAAUUAGUAAACCUAUGACUAAAUUUAAUUGAUGUAGAGAUACAGUCAAUAAAAAAAAAUUAAUAACAUGGACUGUUAUGCAGACUCAACAAGUUUUCAUGUUGUUUGUCAGAUGUUCUUGUAGUUAAUUCUAGCACUAGUACACAUAUAAUUAUUAUGCUUUUCUUUCUAGGUUAUACACUGGAGCAUGCAGAAAGCACGUCCGCUGUGGAUAAUUAAUCUCCAGCAGUUGUCACAUGAAAAAGGAGAUAAUCUAGCUACCCAGGGACAAAUGUUAAAUCCACCUUUGGCUCAUUCAUUGUCAGUGUCUGCUUGUGGGAACAUAUUUUGCUGUGGUGCUGAAGAUGGUAAUAUCCAAAUUUUUCAAGUUGCAGGGAAUCAAUUUGAGGAGGAAUUGUGUUUUAAAAGUCACAGUCAAGGUGUGUCUCAGGUCAAAUUUCUGGAUGAGGAAGCCUAUCCGAAUAUCUUACUAUCUGGUGGUAAUGAUGGCAGAGUGUGCCUGUGGGACAUUGAGCUAGCAAGGCAAAAGGAACCGAAAAGACCACUUGCAAAACCACACCAGAGAAAGUCUGGAUCGUCCCACACCAAAGCCAAGCACAUGGUCAGUCAAGUGACAGACACUGCCAGGGAAGUCAUCCCAAAGCUAUGUAUUGAACAUGAGGAAAAGGUGAACUGGAUUAUUGGAGCAGAGCUUGGUGGAAUCAGAAUGGUUCUAGUUGCUGAUCCAAGCAAUGCAAUAACUCUGUAUCCAUUAGGAGAGCUAUAA